AUGCUCCUUUUCCAAUUAUUGACAUUUGGAAUAGGCGUAGAUCACAAGAGACACCGGAAGACCCUUUCUCCAGCAUUCGGCCCCGCAGAGAUGAAAGCACUUAUGCCAAUGUUUAGGACUGUCAUCCGACGGAUGUGCGAUCGAUGGGAGGAUGUUGUAGCAGAUGGUCCGGUUGUUGUCAAUGUUACUCGCUGGCUGUCUCGUGCGACUUUGGACAUUAUCGGCGAAGCGGCGUUCGACUAUCAGUUCAAUGCGCUGGCGGAUGAUUCAAACAGAUUAGCUCGUAUCUAUAAUAACUUUCUUGUCUCUGCGUUCGGCAUUCCAACUCCGACCAGCAUAUUUGUUCAGCAAGUAUUCGGUCUUCUUCCCGAGUCUUUCUUUCCUUUGCUAGGAAAACUGCCGUCGAGAAAUCUAAAGCCUCUGCGAGAGGUCGCUGAAGAAGGGCGAGUUACUGGUCGGAUGUUGCUGGAUGAACGCACGAAUAGUAGUAAAAAGCAGAACUCAAAAGACAUUUUGAGUUUGCUUGUAAGAGCGAACGAGUCCGAGAGUUUGGCGAAUAGACUCUCCGACGAGGAAUUGAUUUCGCAGAUUCGAACAAUGAUCGUAGCGGGACCUUGCUCGUCACCCGAUAUGCAGGGGAAAAUAAGAAAGGAGAUCUAUGAUGCGCUUUCGGUCGCACGAGCAAAUGGUCAAUUGGACCUCAACAUCAAUAAUAUGGAGAAAUUGGAGUACGGGCUAGCCUUCAUGAAGGAAGUGCUACGUCUGUAUCCUGCUGUGUAUCAAACAUGGCUGCAGUCUGCAAAGCCGGAUGUCAUUCCGCUAUCCAGGCCGAUUAUUACCAGCGAUGGACGGAAGAUCGAGGAAAUACCGAUAGAGAAAGGCCAAAAUGUCCAUCUCUCAAUAUUCGCCUACAACCGGAGCUCAGACAUUUUUGGAGACAAUCCGGAUGAUCUGAUACCGGAAAGAUGGCUGAAUGCUGACAAGCCGAUCUCGAGUAUCUUUGGCGUAUAUUCAAACCUGGGGAUCUUCAUUGCUGGAUUCCAGGCCUGUCUUGGGACAAUCGAGCUCCAGACCUUCAUGAUCGAAACUCUUCGUAAAUUCCGAUUUUCUCUUGCACCUCAGUCCGGAAAUAUUAUUCCUGCUGCGGCAGGAGUAAUGGCACCUGUCAUUGAUACUGAUAAGGAGAAAGGGAAACAACUGCCGCUUUUGAUAUCAGUUUUAUAA